AUGAGGUUCUCUGAAGAUAUUUACUUAGAGGCGGAGCAAAUACUUUCCUCUUUUGCUUUUAAAUCCUGCUUUGAGGUUGAACAAGACUGUACAAGCUAUCAGUUUCUGGGACCUGAAGGAUGUGUGACUAUUGAAUUGGUUGAUAAGAGCACAAACACAUAUAGCGUCUACUUCCCCACUGCUGGCUUUUAUUUAUGGUCAGCCACGGGCCUUGGCUUCAUGGUGAGGAUGGCAGUGACUGUGAGGAUUGCACUUGGUUCCUGGAGUCAGUACCUGGAAUUGGCCCUGCAACACAGUGAACAGUGGCUGGUGGCUGGCCCCUUGUUUGACAUCACUGCAGAGCCAGAGGGGGCUGUUGCUGCAAUCCACCUCCCCCAUUUCAUCUCCCUCCAAGGUGAGGUCAAUGUCUCCUGGUUCUUAGUUGCCCAUUUUAAGGAUGAAGGAAUGAUCCUGGAGCAGCCAGCCUGGGUGGAACCUUUCUAUGCUGUCCUGGAAAACCCCAGCUUCUCUCUGAUGGGAAUUCUGCUGAGGAUUGCCAAGGGGACCCGUCUCUCAGUCCCCAUCACAUGCACCACAUUGAUCUAUUAUCACCCCCAUCCUGAGGAUAUUAAAUUCCAUUUGUACCUUGUCCCUAGCGAUGUCUUCCUAACGAAGGCGAUAGAUGAUGAGGAAGAUCGCUUCCAUGGUGUGCGUCUACAGACUUCGCCCCCAAUAGAACCCUUGAACUUUGGUUCCUACUAUAUUGUGUCUAAUUCGGCGCACCUGGAAAUAAUACCCCAGGAGUUGAAAUUGACCUACAGGAACCCUGGAGAAGUCCAGCCCUUCUCUAAAUUUUAUGCUGGGUUGAUGAAGGAACCAAUCCAACUUGAAAUUACUGAGAAAAAACAUGGGACUUUGGUCUGGAAGACUAUAGUGAAACCAGUGGAUAUCCAGCUUGGUGCUGGGGCAGCCCCGCCUCCUUUCUCAGGUGCAUCCUUUGUGAAGGAACACCAUCGGGAACUCAAAGCCAGGAUGGGGGAUGUAAACGGGGUGCUUGAUGAUCUCCAGGACAGUAAGGUUAUUACUGAGAAUGAGAAGGAGCUGGUGGUGCAGGAAAAGACACAGCAGAGGAAGAAUGAGACCUUGCUGAGCAUGGUGGAGAAGAAAGGGUACACGGCCCUGGAGUUGUUCUUCAGAAGCCUUUGUAAAUGGGACCCUUAUCUUGUGGCCUAUCUUAGACAGCAGCCAUUGUAAAAGGACUC